AUGUAUGCAUCAAAUGAAGAUGAAUUUAAUAAUGAAGAUAAUGAUUGGGUCUUUUUAAGACAAACAUCACCACCAGAAAAUCCUAUUCUUCAUGGUGCUGUUAAUCUUGUUGAUCAUGAACAAUCAAAUUUAAGUUUUUCAUCAAAUACUAGUAAUAGUAGUUCAUCGAAAUCUGAUCGAAGUGAUUCUGUAUCAUCUCUUUCAUCGAUUGAACAUGAACAUAUACAAACCAAUAAUGAUAUUGAUCAACAAGAAAAUCAUUUAUUAAUUGAAGAUUCAAUGUUAAUCAAUUCAAGUAAUGAUAAUAGUAAUAAUAAUGAUGAUGUAUUAUUAACCGGUGAAAUUAAAGAAGAAAUUUUAUCAUCUGAAAUCAUAAUUGAACAUGAUAAUGAAACAACUCCAAUAUUUAAUGAAUAUGAUUUAAAUGAUGAAUCAAUUCAAUUAUCAAAUAAUCUUCGACAACAUACCGGUGCUUAUGUUCAACAUACAGUUGAACAAUCUUCAUUAACAAAUGAAUAUGAACUUGUACCUUAUACAAGAAAUUAUUAUCGUCCAAGACAAAAUAAGAAAUUCGUUGUUUAUGGAUUUUUAAUUUUUAUUAUUGUUUUACAAUUAAUUCUUGGUCGAAUUAUUUUAUCACAACGAUUAAUGAUUAAUAAACUUACUGAAGAAUUAAAUGAUACAAAUCAACAUUUGAAUAAAAUAAAAUCUAUUUCAAAUGAAAAUAUUGAACAAAAAUUAACAAAAAAGUUUGAAGAAAAAUUUCAAAUAUUAAUUAAUCAAAAAAUGAUUGAAUAUAAUAAUGAAAAAAAUUCAUUAAUUUUAAAAAUUAAUGAACUUCAUCAAAUAAUAAAUUUUACACAAGAAAAUUUUACAAAUAUGAUUCAUCAAUUAUCAGAUGAAAACGAACAAUUACAACAACAAGUUAUUGAAUUAGAACAUCAUGUACAAUUAAUUGAAGAACAAAAUUCAAUCGAAAAAGAAACAUGUCCUGAAGGAGUUGAUUGUACGAAAUCAUCAUCUACAUUAUCUUUCGAUGCAUUACUUAAUAAUUUAAUCAAACAAGCUACUUUAAUAGCAGAAAAUACUUCAACAAAUUUAUCGGAUUUAUUUCAAGAUUUAAGUGCAUCAUUGAGUCAUCUUGUUGAUCAUGGACAUGAAUAUAUAGAACAAAGUGAACAAAUAUUAUCUGAUAUUAUUGGUUCACAAGCAGCUGAACAAGUUCAAAUGACAUUACGUCGUGGUAUUGAAUUUGUUUCUUCAUCAUUUCGUGAAGCACAAUCAACAUAUGCAACAUGGAUUCGAUCACGUGCACAACAUCGUGAAGAAGCUCGAAUGAAUAAUGCUGAACAAGAAGAAAAACCAAAAGGCAAUGGAAAUCGAUGGCGUUGGACAUUUCAACGUAGUCAUGAUCGUGAACAAAUGCGUCAUCAACCAUCAAUAACAAAAAAACAUUCAUUAAAUAAAGAACAUUUUUGUCGUUCACGAUAUCCAUUCCCGACUAAACAUUUCUCAUCAAUGAAAGAUUGGAUGGCAAAAUUUUUUGGAUCAUAA